GCCCCGGCAAGCGCAGCGGUGCAAAGAGCAGGGCGCGCGGGCUCACCGCAUCGUCAAAGAGGCCCAAGACACCGCGGCAGCGAUCGCUGCUGGUCUGCGGUCGCGUACGCUGCGCAUAAUUCGUAUCCAGCUGACUCGCCGCGCGAGAGCACGACCAUGGCGACCACCGACAUCGACAAGUUACUCCUGAGGCCGACGCCCUUCGGAUCUGAGUCAGGCGCUUUGGCUGUUGGUGAAUUUGACCCGGGCAAUGACACGCGGGAAUUCCUCACCGAGACCUGCAAGGUUUUGGUAGUAGGCGCCGGCGGCCUCGGCUGCGAGGUCCUCAAAGAUCUAGCCUUGUCCGGCUUUAGAGAUGUAGAAGUGAUCGACAUGGACACGAUCGACGUCUCGAACUUGAACAGGCAAUUUCUAUUUCGACAGAAAGACGUCGGAAGGCCGAAGGCCGAGGUCGCCGCCGAGUUCAUCAGAGAACGCGUGCCGCAGUGUAAUGUGAUCGCACACGUGGGCAAGGUCCAGGACAAGGACGCGGACUUUUAUUCGCGAUUCAACGUGGUUUGUAGCGGAUUGGACAACGUCGAAGCGAGAAGGUGGCUCAACGCCAUGCUCGUCGGCCUGGCGGAAGUGGAUGAUGAGGGCAACGUCAUAGAUCCGUCGCAAAUCAUACCCAUGGUUGAUGGGGGUACGGAAGGUUUUCGGGGCCAAGCGCGAGUCAUCAUUCCUCGAUUCACGUCGUGCUUCGAGUGUUCGCUGGACUCCUUCCCGCCGCAGCGAACGUAUCCACUCUGCACCAUCGCGGAAACACCGAGAUUGCCGGAGCACUGCAUCAGCUACGCGCAGCUCGUCGAGUGGCCAAAAACGAACCAACGGGCCAUCGACACCGAUUCGCCGGACGACAUGAAGUGGCUCUUCGACGUCGCGUCCAAGCGCGCGUCCAAGUUCAACAUCGAGGGCGUCACCUACAUGAAGACGAUGGGCGUCGUCAAGAACAUUAUUCCCGCCGUGGCGUCGACGAACGCUGUCGUAAGUGCGAUGUGCGUCAACGAGGUGUUCAAGCUCAUGUCCUUGUCGUCGCAAACUCUCAACACGUACCACAUGUACAUGGGGUCUACGGGCAUCUAUUCGCAUACCUUUUGUUACGGGAAAAAGAACGACUGCCCCGUGUGUUCUUCUUGUGUCCGUACGGUGACUUGUUCUGCUACGAAAACUUUGGGCGAACUCGUGUCGGAUUUAACGGAAGAGCCCCUCAAAUUGAAAGCUCCUUCUCUAGCCACGGCCGACGCUACUCUGUACCUGAGGAAGCCGAAGUCGCUCGAAGCCGCGACGCGGCCGAACCUCGACAAGCCCUUGUCAGCUUUAGUGGCGAACAACGCGGAGAUCACGGUCACGGACCCGGUCUUCCCGGGGGACGUCGCGCUCACGCUGCGGGUGUGCUUCGCGCAGAACGGGGCGGCGUGAGCGCGGUCCCCUCCUUAAGUGUAACG